GCGGCUUCAGCGUCCAGCAAGUCGCAAUCGAGCACUGUUCUCUGAAGAGAGAAGUCUUAGCCUCACGCUUGGAAUCAAUUUGCGGUUUUGGAAUCUAUCGUCCACCGAAAGAUUGUAUCGAUAUACCGGUUUAACGAUCGCGCAACCAGUUCUCGGUUGAGGACCUCUAACGCAGCGAUGCGAAGAAUACUAUUGACGCUAGCUUUGGCUGGCUAUUGUUUAGCCGUGCCAGCCCCUCAAAAAGAAAACUUAGACAGCUUGAUACAAAGCGUGUUCGGACCAGGUCCACAAAAUCAAACGAACCCCCCGUCGAUUCCAAAUUCACAGAAUCUCAACCAACAAAACAAUACCGGCGAUUUGAACUCUUUGAUAUCGAGUGUUUUCAACGGCGGAGGAUCUACAACCCCAGUAACAAUCCUAGGAACGCAGAACAACCCUAAACCACAGACAGAUGAUUGCCAAUGCGUGCCGUAUUAUCAAUGCCGGGAAGGUACCAUUUUGGAAAAUGGUGUGGGACUGAUAGAUAUCAGGUCCGGUUUUGAUGACAAUAUCGAUAAUCAGCCCAAAUUGGGAGCUUUUGGGCCAUGUGACAACUAUUUGGACGUAUGCUGUAAACCACCAGACAGGACAGAUCCCGGAGAAAAUGUUACACCACCACCUGUGACGAGAAAGGGCUGUGGACAAAGGAACGCCCAGGGUGUUGGUUUCAGGAUCACUGGUGAUAACGACAACGAAGCUCAAUUUGGCGAAUUCCCAUGGAUGGUGGCGAUUUUGAAAGAAGAAACUGUCGGCGAGGAAAAUCAGAAGUUGAACGUUUAUCAAUGCGGAGGUUCAUUGAUUCACCCCCAAGCCGUUUUAACAGCCGCCCAUUGCGUACAAGGAAAAACGCCAUCGGAAUUGAGAAUCCGUGCGGGAGAAUGGGACACGCAAACCAAGAAUGAAAUUUUCCCUCAUCAAGACCGCAACGUGCAAACUGUGGUAGUUCACGAGAAAUUUCAUUCCGGUGCUCUUUAUAACGACUUUGCCAUUUUGAUAUUGGCCGAGCCGGUAACCUUAGCGGAAAACGUGGAUAUCGUUUGUCUACCGGAACGAAACACGGUAUUCGAUAAUGCUAGGUGCUUUGCCAGUGGCUGGGGAAAGGAUAUAUUCGGUAAAGAGGGUCAUUAUCAGGUAAUAUUAAAAAAAGUAAAUCUACCUGUGGUCCCGCGCAACAGUUGUCAGAAUAGCCUACGAAACACCAGAUUGGGAAAGUACUUUACUUUGCACGAAAGUUUCAUAUGCGCUGGCGGAGAGUCUGGUAAAGAUACCUGCAAGGGUGACGGAGGAAGUCCUCUUGUAUGUCCAACUAUAAUGGAUCCCAGCAGGUAUUUGCAAGCAGGUAUCGUGGCAUGGGGUAUCGGUUGUGGCGAGGACAGAACUCCAGGUGUCUAUGCAAAUAUUGCCUAUGUACGAGAUUGGAUCGACGAACAAAUGGCUUAUUAUAAUCUAGAUAAUACUAUUUAUAGAUAUACACCAUAAACAUAGACUGACUCCUUUUACGUAUAGUUUUGUAGACUUUUAUCGAUCAAAAUCAUAGAUGUUUUUUUUUCUUCACGGAAAGACUGCUCUACUGUUCGUAUAUGACUUUGAAAAUUAUAAUAAAUAUGACAAUAAUUAUUUUUA